AGCGGCAAGCCGUGUAUAUUUGGAGCCAUAAUGGCGGCUUCAGAGUUUUAGUUUCCUAGCUGCCUGUUGCUGACCUUAAAACAUUGCCCCGCCCACUUAGCGGACACGUGUGUCGUAAUUUGCAGCAUGGCUUCGUCGGCUAAGAAAAGGGCUUUACGUUUCAGAGAAAAGCCCAAGGAAAGUGAUAACAGCUCCGAUGAGAAUCCGGAGGAGGAUGGCGAUUCCGGAGAAGAGGAUAGUGAGGCGUCAGAUGAGGAAAUUAAUGAGGAAGUUGUUGUGGACUUUGAAGCUCACACCAUCUCAGACAACGACUUCAACGGCAUAAAGAAACUGCUGCAGCAGCUCUUCCUGAAAGCUCAUGUAAAUACAUCAGAGAUGACAGAUAUCAUCAUCCAACAGAAUCAUGUUGGAAGUGUCAUCAAGCAAGCCGAGGUGCCUGAAGACAGUGAUGAUGACGAUGACUUAGAUGAAGUGUUUGGCUUCAUCACUAUGCUCAACCUCACAGAGAGAAAGGGUGUACAGUGUGUGGAGGAGGUGAAGGAGCUGAUUGUGGAUCAGUGUGAGAAGAAUGCUUCUCAUAUUGUGACAGAACAGCUGGAGAAGGUCUUCAGUGAUACCAGCAAGCCUGUGGGGCUGCUGCUAAGUGAGCGCUUCAUCAACGUACCUCCACAGAUUGCCCUUCCACUGCACAAACAGCUCCAGGAAGAGAUUGCUGAAGCUCAGAGGACAGAUAAGCCCAGUGGGAGGUGUCACUACUGCCUGAUGAUCAGCAAGACCUGUAAAGAAGAGACCAAGAGCAUCCCAACCACAGGAGGAGCUCCCAAAGAGGAAUACAUGUUUGUCAAUGCAGAAGAGGAAUUCUUUUAUGAGCAAGCCAUCCUGAAGUUCCAUUACUCGGUCCAGGAAGAGGCAGACUCUUGUUUAAGCGGCAGGUGGUCAUUUAAAGAUGUACCCAUGAAGCCUUUCAGGACUGUGAUGCUGAUACCCACAGACAGAAUGCCUGCCAUCAUGGAGAAACUUAAAGAAUAUCUAACAGUGUGACCCUCACAAUAAACCAAUAAACCAAGACACCUGCGGCCACAAUGAUA